CACGCGGGCCAGGGACCGGAUCCAGCCAGCGCUCCUCCUCCCCCGGACGAGUCGGCGGUCAGGGGCAGCUUCGCCAAUCAGAACCAGGGGCUGCAUGAAUCGGGCGAGAUGAGGUUCCCACCCUCUGGAUUGCAUCCAUUCUUUUUCCCAUGACCUCUGCCGUCCUCGUACGGACCUGCUUUAUAUCGGCUUGCGCCAACACUCUCUUGAACAAACGCGACAGCAACCCGCUGAACCUCCAUAAGGCCGCCGUCGUCGCCGGAAGACCUACCCGCUUCAACUGCAGGCGGCGCCUCUGCCGACACUCGCUCGCCACCCCAAGCCAUUCCGGUCGCCGACUGAGCUCACAUCCUGGCUCUCUGCGCAAGCUCUCGCACUCUUUUGACCGACUUAGACUGCCGGCGAAGCGAGCUAAGGUAGCCCGCGUCUGCCCAGGCCCGCUCCAGGAGAUGGAAGAGACCGCGCCGCUCCAGCGCGGCAUGGACCGAACCCUGAGCAAUGGCGCUUCAACCCCCGAGGGGAGACGCUAUGAGAGCCGGGGAGGCAGCCAUGACGAGUCCAGGCCGCGGCGCCUCCCUGAAGAACCUGUUGCGUCGCCUGCUUCGCAAGCCGACGAUCCUGUAGAGACCCGCUCGACAAGGUCGGCUUCGACGGCUUCGAGGAGCACCAACAGGCUAUCCCUGACUUUGCCAAUCAUGCCGCCAACUGCCUAUUCUGCGCGGCCAACGCCAGCGUCUUCCACUGCGCCUGCAUUUCCCCCGACUCCGCUUGACACGCCUGGCCUCAUGUCACCCGUGGACCCGAAUGACUUCAUUACCGCAAUAGCAGCACAGGAACGCCGCGUCUUGGAGCUUCGUGAAGAGCUCAGCCGUGCCGAAUCGGAUCUUGCAAGGCUGAAGAAGCAAUGGGCGACGCACGAGGCGUACAAGAAGAGAGCGGGGCGACGAAAUAUUGAAGCGCUUUCCGGUCUCGGACCAGCUGCCGAGCUGCAGGACGAGACAGCCAUUCGGCGCAGUGUCGAGCUCGACCGGAGAAAAGCGCUCCUCGGCCAGCAGAAUCAGCAGGCAACACCAGAACGGAGUCGACGGCGCGUGUUUACGGGAAGCCACACGCGCACCCUGUCUUUGCUGUCUCCAACCAAAACCAAUGGCGGAUUUGACGACGAGUCAGAAAGCUCCAAGUUGGACGCUGACAGUCGCUUCACGCCUGCCGCUCCUGCUCUUCCCGCCAAGCGCGCAUCAUGGGCCUCGCGGCCAACGCAAGCAACCGCCAUGAAGCAGCUUGCGGAGGAUCUCAAGACGGGGAUUUGGACAUUUAUGGAGGACCUGCGUCAGGCGACAGUGGGCGAUGAGCCAAUCACCGGCCAAGGAACUUACCUGAGGGGCAUGGACGGCAGCAUGAGGCCAACCGUGACAGGGAGCCUAAAUAGUGCUGUGAGCGCCGGCGACCAGGACACCAUCCGUGCCUCGGGCAACCCCAGGCCCCGAGCGACGUCGGCUUUCGAGGAUACGCCCAAGACAUCGAAGCAGGAGCAAAACAGUCAAACAGGAAAAGAUGAGGGGGGCCAGUUCGGCGAUGUCCCACCCCCCAAGCCGCCGCGGCCGCUGCAGAGAUCCAAAACCGACGCGGGCACCACGAAGCCGACCAAGCGCUUCUCCUGGACGCCCCUGGCCAUGGACUCGGUGGAUGACAACGACUGGUCCAACUGGGACAGCCCCAGCUCCACCUCUCCCCGGUGGAGCGGCACGACGGUCAACGGCGACAUCAUCCCGUCCAUCCCCGAGAGCGACUCAAGCCCUUCGAAAAAGAAACCCUCCGCCAACCCCCGCUCCCCCUCCCCCUCGGCACCACCACCGCCGUCCUCCUCCGCCGCCCUCUCCCUCAGCCCCCACAAGCUCGAGGACCUGCUGCCGCCGGUGCUCAACCGGCUGACGCCGAGCAACCUUAAGCGCGUGGCCGGCGACUUCAUGAAGGAGUGGGAGCGCAGCCUGUCGGCUCCCGACAGCGGCAGCAGCUUGGCGGCGGCGACGGCGACGGCGAGGUCUGCGCCGGUUGCCGUGGGGAAGGAAAAGGGUGUUUAAAGGGGAUUCGUCCUCUCUCUCCCCCCUCUCUCUCUCCCCGCUUUCUCAACGGUGUGGGAGGGGAGUGACUGGGGAGGAGGGAGGUAUGCAAAGCGUGCCACGCACGGACAUGCUUCUGUGCCUUUUGGCGUGAGACCUGUCGGCGUUGAGCUUUGCUCUGAUUUCCCUCCGCCCCUCGGUAAAGCACAGUUGUUGUUG